AUGCCAUACUGUAGCAUGGUUCGCUGUGUGCCGCACAAUCCAGCACAGGACGACGGCAACAUCGACGAUUGCUGGUUACACGAAAUACAGCGUAAGAUCUCGUCAAACACCCUGCCCCUGACGUUCAUGACAUCCAUAGAUCCCUUCAACACGCGGAAGACCGACUCAAAGGAGUACCUGUAUCUGUUCGUAAACGUACGCCUCGACCAUCGGAUCGUCUGCAUGAAGCUGGCACGGCAGAGAUCCUCAACAUCAAAGGGCUGUCACACCAAAUCGACAGCCACCACAAGCAAACUCGACAUCACCAAUACUAUUGUGGAGCUAUCCGUAGAGUCUUCUCCGCGCAAGCGGUGGUCGUCGCCUGCUUUCGAAAACCGAUCCCAAAGCCCAAGGGCCAUCGCAGAAGACGACCCCACCUCUGAAAGCAUGGGGCACCGUCAAAGUUCGGACGUUGAUGGAGAGGGCAAGGGAGCAUCCUGA